AGGAAAGGCCUAGUCUACACAAACAGACGUACAUCAAACAAGAAACGCUGACUAGGAUCAUUUUUAUUCACGAAUGAUUAACUCAAGCAAGAGUGUGGUUUAAGCUGAAAUCAGUGACAUCGAAAACAAUGGGAUAAACGUGCAGCCAUCAGACAAUGGGAUCGAUUAAAAUUGAAUGUGUUUUGAAGGAGAAGUACUCGGUUGGAGAAAGCCCUACAUGGGAGGAAAAACAUGGCACAUUGCUCUAUGUUGACAUUACUGAACAGAAUGUGUACAGAUGGCAUCCUGACAGUAAUCAAGUGGAGAAAGUCCAUGUUGAUGCUCCAGUUGGAUCUGUUGUUCCCUGGAGUUCUGGCGGAUAUGUCCUGGCAAUCGGAAAAAGGUUUGCCUUUCUGGACUGGGAGAAAAAGAAGGUUACGGAUAUUGCACAGAUCGAUAACAAGAAAACAAACGUCAGAUUCAAUGAUGGCAAAGUGGAUCCUGCUGGACGCUUUCUAGCAGGCACCAUGGCAACGGAAACCCAGCCUGGUGAAUUUGAAAGGCACCAGGGUGCUCUUUACACCUUGCAGACUAAUCGCUCUGUUGUCAAACAAUUUGAUCAGGUGGAUAUUUCCAAUGGUCUAGAUUGGUCGCUAGAUCACAAGAUCUUCUAUUACAUAGACAGUUUGUCUUUUACUGUGGAUGCAUUUGACUACAACCUGCAGACGGGAAAGAUCUCUAAUCGGAGGGUUGUGUACAAACUUGAAAAAGAUGAAGCUAUUCCUGAUGGACAGUGUAUCGAUAAUGAGGGAAAACUCUGGGUUGCCUGCUAUAAUGGUGGAAGAAUCCUUCGUAUUGACCCAGAGACAGGUAAAAGGAUCCAGACAGUGAAGUUGCCUGUUAGUAAAACUACAUCCUGCUGCUUUGGAGGAAAAGAUUAUUCCGACCUAUAUGUAACUACAGCUACCAAGAGAAUGGAUGAAGAGUCCCUUCAGAAAGAGCCAUUGGCUGGGGGCAUUUUUAAGGUUACUGGACUGGGUGUGAAGGGGAUUCCACCGUAUUCAUAUGUAGGAUAGAAUAUUUCCACAAGCAGAUUCAACGCCAACAGAAAAGACAUGCAACAAAUUGCAGCAGUGUUUGCAAACAUGGAAAAAAUGUAGACAAAAUAUUACACUAUCUACUGAAAACUGUAUCUUUGUUUCCAUUUCUCAUAUAAACUGCACAAAUCUAAAACUGGUCACUGUGGUGUCAAUUAUCAGAAUAAAAGAGUUCGUACCCAUUCUA